CCCGUCUAGGGUUUGCUUUGCCUCGUCGCCGUUUUUUCAUUGCUGCUUCCGCGCAGUUGAUAGAGUCACUUCUUUUGUUCUUCUAUUCACCUCCUUUGAUGACGGCGUAGUUCCAGUCGGAUUGGAAGUAAAGACGGCGGAGCUAACUCCAAUCCGGCAUCGAAACACAGGUGCCACCUAAAAUCCCAAACCUCGAGCACAGAGAAUUAAGGAAGGCAACCGCGGACGGGAUCUAGCUGGAGAAGGAGGUGGCGGUGGUGAAAAGACAACAAAAAGUUAUAAGCUCAUCUGGUUCUAGAUAUAUAUUGACACGAUGGUUCAGUACAACUUCAAAAAGAUCACUGUUGUUCCUUCGGGAAAGGAAUUUGUGGAUAUCAUCCUUUCAAGAACUCAACGCCAAACUCCAACUGUUGUUCACAAGGGAUAUGCCAUUUCACGUCUUCGUCAAUUUUACAUGAGGAAAGUGAGAUUCACUCAGCAGAAUUUUCAUGAGAAGCUGUCCACCAUUAUUGAGGAGUUCCCUAGAUUAGAUGACAUUCAUCCAUUCUAUGGGGAUCUGCUCCAUGUCCUCUACAACAAGGAUCACUACAAGCUUGCACUUGGCCAGAUUAAUACUGCAAGGAACAUCAUUGGAAAGAUUGCUAAGGACUAUGUUAGGCUGCUAAAAUAUGGCGACUCUCUUUAUCGGUGCAAGUGCUUGAAGGUGGCUGCCCUUGGUCGGAUGUGCACAGUUAUAAAGCGAAUUGGGCCGAGUUUAGCUUACCUGGAGCAGAUUAGACAACAUAUGGCUAGGCUCCCUUCUAUAGAUCCCAACACUCGGACCAUCUUGAUAUGUGGAUACCCAAAUGUGGGCAAGAGUUCUUUCAUAAAUAAGAUUACUAGAGCUGAUGUGGAUGUCCAACCUUACGCUUUCACCACGAAGUCCCUCUUUGUUGGUCAUACAGAUUACAAGUACUUGAGGUAUCAGGUGAUUGACACUCCUGGGAUUCUUGAUCGGCCAUUUGAGGAUCGCAAUAUUAUAGAAAUGUGCAGCAUCACCGCACUGGCACAUCUUCGAUCUGCUGUUCUGUUCUUCCUUGAUAUCUCUGGAUCAUGUGGAUACAGCAUUGCUCAACAAGCAGCACUGUUUCAUAGCAUCAAAUCACUCUUCAUGAAUAAGCCUCUUAUUAUUGUUUGUAAUAAGAUUGAUUUGCAACCCUUGGAUGGUCUUUCUGAAGAAGAUAUGAAGUUGGUUAUGGAGAUGAAAACGGAAGCUAUUAAAGCUGUUGUGGCACAAGGUGGGGAACCUAAUGAUGAAGGGGUUCUGGUGACUAUGAGCACUUUGACCGAUGAUGGUGUUAUUUCUGUUAAGAAUGCGGCCUGUGAGAGGCUGCUGAACCAGAGGGUGGAAAUGAAGAUGAAAUCUAAAAAGAUUAAUGAUUGCUUGAAUAGGUUCCAUGUCGCGAUUCCGAAGCCUCGUGAUAACAAAGAGCGACCUACUUGUAUUCCUCAGGCGGUUCUCGAGGCCCGAGCAAAAGAGAGCAAGGAGAGGGAGAAUAGGAAGCUUGAAAGAGAUCUUGAGAAUGAGAAUGGUGGAGCUGGUGUCUACUCUGCUAGUCUGAAGAAACAUUAUAUUUUGGCAAGUGAUGAGUGGAAGGAAGACAUUAUGCCUGAAAUCUUAGAUGGGCAUAAUGUCUACGAUUUUGUGGAUCCUGACAUCUUACAAAGGUUGGAAGAGUUGGAGAGAGAAGAGGGGCUCCGGCUUGAAGCUGAGUCAAAUGAAGCAGAAUUUGAAAUCGAUGGCAAGGAGUUGACUCCUGAGGAGAGGGAGGCUCUCGCGGAGAUUAGAAAGAAGAAAAGUUUGCUCAUCCAAGAACAUAGAAUAAAGAAGAGCACUGCUGAAAGUCGCCCUACUAUUCCUAGAAAAUUUGAUAAGGAUAGAAAGUUCACAACUGAAAGAAUGGGGAGGCAGCUGUCAUCCUUGGGCUUGGAUCCAUCUUCUGCUAUUUAUCGCGCAAGAAGCAGGUCGGUCUCUAGAAAGGGCCAGAAGAGGGAUAGAUCAUUUGCUAGAGAUGCUGAAGCCAUGGAUAUCGAUGAUGAACGCAAAAGCAAGAAGCUGCGAUUGAGGUCAAGGUCGAGGUCGUGCUCACGACCGCCUGGUGAAGUCAUUCCCGGAGAAGGAUUGAAGGACUCUGCUCAGAAGCUGAAGGCAAUCAAGAUUAAAAAGAAGUCCGAGAAGGUGAGAAACAAGGCAGCUCGUCGGGGAGAGGCAGAUAGAGUCAUUCCUAAUCUCAAACCCAAGCACUUAUUCUCUGGAAAACGCUCAAUUGGAAAGACACAGAGGCGCUGAAAUCUACAAGUUAUCUAUUUGAACUUAUGCUCGCAUUCUAUGGUAUCAUAUUGCUUUUUGCAAUUCCCAAUUUUCGCAAAUUCUCUUCUUAAUUUGUUUGGAUUUGAGAAUGGUUUGUACUAAACUGGGAGGAUUUUUGUUCCUCAUGGCAAAUUUUGUUCGUCCUUUUACAUUUUUUUUAGAUUUGAUAAUACGCUUAUGUCAUUGGUUGCAUUUCCUUGACACGUUUUAAUUAUAUGCUUUCUGGUAAGCCA